GUGAAGUGUGGCGGACAGGGGCAGGCUGGAAUUCGCUGAGGGUGUGUGGAGGCGGGGAACAGAGAACAGCGACACACACCUUACAGCUCAGAGCCACAGAGUGAAAGAAGAGGCUUUCCUAUGGCGUGUAAUUGACCAGUUCAAUCUCAUUGGCUUUGGUUGUGCAGGUGAUAGAGAGAGGGAGAGAGAGGGGGAAUAUUAAAUAUGGCUGGAAAGUCUCUGCGCUUGUGCGUAUUCGUAAUGUGCGCGAUUCAAACCAACUCUGGAUUUAACAUUGACGUGCAGUUCCCGGUCAUCAAAGAAGGAAAAACCAAGGGCAGUUUAUUUGGAUUUUCUGUUGCAUUGCACAAACAGACCGAAAAGACAAAGAAGAACUUCCUCUUAGUCGGAGCACCCCAAGAAAAAGCCCAGCCCCAACUCAGCAAAUUCAACAUUAAUGAAACCGGAGCCGUGUAUUACUGUCCCAUCACUAUCGAGCAGGAUGACUGCAGGAGGAUGGACCUCAUCAGUCCACCGCAGUCAGCAGAGAUGGUGGAGGGCAUGUGGCUGGGAGUGACCGUGGCCAGUCAGAGGACUGGAGGACAUGUGCUGGCAUGUGGUCAUCGCUACGUAAAAAAACUUCUGGGCGCCGAAGAGCAGCAGCGUAUGGUGGGCAAAUGUUACGUGCGGGGCAACGACCUGACCUACGACCCGACUGAUUACUGGCAGUCUGACACUUACGAGCUGUGCGACUUCAACUAUGACCAGAACCUGGAGGGCAUGUGUAACAUGGGCAUCUCAGGGGGCAUGACGGAGAAUGACGUGUACUUUGGGUCGCCCGGCAGCUUUGUGUGGCAGGGAACUGUCCAUAUGAAAGAGAGAGACCCCAACUUUGAUUUUGCCGGAGAUGCCAAUGAAAUAAGCUUCGGUAAGCUAGGCGAGGACAGACUCAACAUCUACAUAGGUUACUCUGUGCUGGAGGACAUAAAGUUACUGGAUCGCUCGAAGUACACUGUGGUGACGGGGGCUCCCAGAGACAAUUUCAAAGGUUCAGUGAUCCUGGCAGAAAAACAAGGUUUGCUUCUUAACCCAGUGAUGACGAUCCCAGGGGAACAACUAGGGUCGUACUUCGGCGGCUGCUUGGCGGUGACCGACCUCAACAAUGACGACUGGAACGACCUGAUCGUUGGAGCUCCGUUCUACUUUGAUCGCAACAAGGAGGAGGGAGGAGCUGUUUACGUCUUCAUGAACGAGAACGGAUCCUUCCGGGAAAAAGCCAGCUUGCUUCUGAAGGGUAAAAAAGGCUCAGGGUUUGGGUUUGCUGUUGCUGCGGUGGGGGACGUCAAUCAGGACGGAUUUCAAGAUUUAGCUGUUGGUGCUCCGUUCCAAGACUCUGGGAAAGUCUUUAUAUGGAUGGGAAGCAAAAAUGGAAUAACUACAGAACCCAGCCAGGUGAUCGAGGGGAAAUCAUUAGGUCCCAGUGGCUUUCAGACGUUCGGCUACUCUCUCAGUGGAGGACUGGAUAUGGAUGGAAAUGAUUAUCCUGACAUUUUGGUGGGCUCCAUGGAUGACCGCAUCGCUCUCUUGAGGGCUCGUCCGGUUAUCCACCUCUCCCAAAAAUUUACAGUAGAGCCAAAGAUUGUGAGUCCAAACCAGUGUGUUAAUUCCUGCAUAAAGGUGAAGGUGUGUUUCAGCUACAAUCUCAGCGCUGGAAACACAGCCUUCAAGAAGGACAUCACUGUGAAGUACACAGUAGACGCUGACCCGAAUCGCCGUGGUGCCCGAGUUCGUUUCCUUGACAACAAGCAAAGCACAUUUACAGGCCUGCUGUCUUUUUCCGCUCCCGCAUGUCAAGAGCUGGAACUUUCUGUUAAUACUCCUGUGAGGGACAAACUUCAGCCCAUAGUGUUCACUCUCAACGUGUCUCUGAAUGAGCAGAAAGCAGCAGCACCGCAAACACUGCAGAGUCUGGAUGCUUUCCCUGUGCUGAGCGGCCAGCAGAUCCUGACCAACAAAACCGAGAUUAACUUUCAUAAGGAGUGUGGUGUUGACAACAUGUGUAGCAGUAACCUGCAGCUCAAGGCCAAAUUUGCUGAUGAGAAUUACUUUCCCUUCCCCAGUCAGACGAUAGAGUUCAACAGUAGCAUUAAGAAGCUGGUGAUGAUGGUGGAUGUUACUAACAUGCCGGAUGGAGGCAGGCAGGAGGCCGAGGACGCCCAUCAGGCCAUGCUGAGCAUCACCAUUCCCCCCUCACUCAAAUACUCAGGAGUGCGCACUCUGACUGGUUUAGAUAUUGAGUGCAGCGCAGACGAGACUGUGAUAUGCGAUCUGGGAAACCCAUUUAAAAGCAAUCAGAAGACCUCAUUGAUAAUCAUCUUUGAGACUUCUGGCGUAACACUUUACACAAAGAAGAUUGAAUCUCAGCUUCAGCUCUCCACUAUCAGUGAGCAGAAGGAUCUGGAUCCUGUUCCUGUCACUCUCGACGUGAAGAACACGGUCCUCACUACCUUUUCCCUAGAAAAACAAAUGAUUGACACGACGUUCAGUGGCAGUGUGACUGGUGAAUCUGCCAUGAGCAGCACCAGUGAUGUGGGGAGUCCACUGGAGUUUGUGUUUCGUGUGCACAUGCAGGGAGAACCUCUGGGAGAUUUGGGAACUCUGGUGAUUGACUUUGAAUGGCCAUAUGAGGUAGCCAAUGGGAAAUGGCUGCUGUAUCUCACAGAGAUAGUGAUCAAAGGAGCUUCAGAGUCGCGCUGUGUCCCACCGGGGAAUAUAUAUAUAUAUAUAUAUAUUGGUUUGCAUCUAUUAGAUUCCAAACAAAAGACAAAAUAA